GGUUUAUGAUGACCCCUGACCAACGCUGUUCUUUGGGGUUCUGGUAUGCUUGGGGUGAACCCCUGUGUGUGUUGAAUGGCCCAACUUGGCUCUGUCCCACCUCAUUGAGAUUCACCAUAAAUAUAAAUUGAGGAGUGGGUGGGGGGAGGUCACAGAAGACAGGAAAAGUUUCUAACAAACACUAAGGACUGGAGAUCAAGACCAUCUACGCAGAGACACCACAGACAAACGCCACACAACCCUAAAGAUGGGAGACCCGAUCCAGUUAAAAGAUGAGGGGAACAAACACUUCCAGGCAGGAGAUAUUGACAAGGCCAUUGAGUGCUACACCAGUGCCAUCAAGGUGUGCAAGGACAAAAAAGUGCUCGCUGUCAUUCACAGGAACAGGUCCGCAUGCUACUUAAAAAAGGAAAACUAUGCUAAUGCAGCUUCUGAUGCAUCUAAAGCAAUUGAUGUUGAUGCAGCAGAUAUCAAGGCAUUGUACCGCCGUUGCCAAGCUCUGGAGAAGCUAGGAAAACUGGACAUGGCUUUCAAGGAUGUGCAGAGAUGUGCCACUCUUGAACCAAAGAACAAAACCUUCCUAGAGACUCUACGCAGGCUGGGAGCAGACAUCCAGGCCAAGCUCAAGACAACAUUCUCCACAGAUUCGAGGGUACAGAACAUGUUUGAGAUUCUCCUUGAUGAUGAAAUGGAAAAGGACAAGAGGGAAAAAGCUGCCAAUAACCUGAUUGUGCUGUCCAGAGAGGAUGCCGGAGCAGAGAGAAUCUUCCAGAAUAACGGAGUGCCGCUGCUGCUCAACAUGAUAGAGACAGGCAAACCAGAAAUGAUCCUGGCUGCUGUUCGUACUUUGUCAGGAAUGUGCACAGGACACAAAGCUCGGGCCAUGGCUAUUAUUCACAUGGUGGGCAUUGACAAGAUGUGCAGCAUCAUGGCUGUUGACAAUGAGGAGAUCGCACUGGCAACCUGCAACCUCUUCCAGUGCGUCAACGACUCCCUCACUGGAGGAGAUCAUAGGGAAUAUGGGAAAGAGGAGGCCUUGGUUCUGGAUGCGUCUAAAGAUCUGAAAGACAUUCUUCUCUCUCUGCUGGAAAUGGUUGCUAGUAAGAAGGUGUCUGGCCAUGGCAGAGACCAGGCGUUGAACUUGCUGAGCAAAAACGUACCUCGCAAAGACAAGAAAGAGAGAGACAACUCCAGGACGCUGUUCACUAUUGACCACGGUCUGAAGAAGAUCCUCAAGGUGUGUGGUCAGGUUCCUGAACUACCAGACCAGCUGCCCCUGACAGACAACACACAGCUGAUUGCAAGCGUGCUCCUCAACAAGCUCUAUGACGACCUCAAAUGUGACCCAGAGAGAACCAACUUCAGGGAAAUUUGUGAUGAAUAUGUUAAAUCCAAAAUCGACCCUAACAACAUGGACAAGACCAUUCAUGCUAUCAAUGCCAUCUCAGGACUGCUUCAGGGUCCAUUUGAUGUUGGUAACGCUCUGGUUGGACAUCAAGGCAUAAUGGAGAUGAUGGUGGCGCUGUGCGGCUCUGAACGUGAGGUGGACCAGAUGGUUGCUGUGGAGGCGCUGAUCCAUUCCUCCUCAAAGAUGAGCCGUGCCAGCUUCAUCAUCACCAACGGUGUGUCACUGCUCAAGGACAUCUACAAGAAGACCAAGAAUGAGAGGAUCAAGAUACGAGCACUCGUGGGUCUCUGUAAACUGGGUUCAGCUGGAGGUGAUGAUUACAGCUUGAGGCAGUUUGCCGAGGGCUCCACAGAGAAGUUGGCCAAGCAGUGCAGAAAGUGGCUUUGCAAUCCCCAGAUUGAUACCAAAACAAGGAACUGGGCCAUCGAGGGUCUUGCUUAUCUGACCAAUGAUGCUGACGUGAAAGACGACUUUGUUGAGGAUGAGCCUGCCAUGAAAGCCAUGUUUGAACUGGCCAAGUCCAAGGAUAAGACAGUCUUGUAUUCAGUAGCGUGCACCUUGGUUAACUGCACCAACUCCUACGAAAAGAAGGAGAUCAUACCUGAGCUUGUUCAACUGGCCAAGUUCUCAAAGCAGCAUGUGCCGGAGCAGCACCCAAAGGACAAGAAGGACUUCAUUGAGAGGCGAGUUAAAAGGCUGCUGAAGGCUGGAGUCACAUCAGCUCUUGCUGUCAUGGUCAAAGCAGAUAACGCCAUACUGACUGAUCAGACAAAAGAGCUGCUGUCAAGGGUUUUCUUGGCAUUGUCAGAGGAUCCCAGAGAUCGUGGUAUUAUCGUAGCCCAAGGUGGAGGAAAGGCUUUGAUUCCGCUUGCUCUGGAAGGGACCGAGGCUGGGAAGGUGAAGGCCAGCCACGCCCUUGCCAAGAUUGCAUCAAUAUCCAACCCAGAAAUUGCCUUCCCUGGUGAGAGGGUGUAUGAGGUGGUGCGGCCUUUAGUUAACCUCCUUCAGACAGACAGAGAUGGAAUGCAAAACUACGAAGCUCUGAGAAGCCUCACCAACUUGUCUGGCUUUAGUGAAAAACUAAGAGUGAAGAUUGUAAAAGAGCACGCUUUGCCAGAAAUUGAGAACUACAUGUUUGAGGAGAAUGACCAGAUCAGACAGGCUGCCACUGAGUGCAUGUGCAACCUUGUUUCGUGUAAAGAGGUCCAAGAACGUUACCUGGAGGACGGCAACGAUAAGUUGAAGCUGCUGGUGUUGCUAUGUGGCGAGGAAGACGAAGAUCUUCAGAGAGCUGCAGCUGGAGGUCUCGCCAUGCUCACUGCUGCUCAGAAGAAGCUAUGCACCAAAAUGACCAAAGUGACCACCCAGUGGCUUGAGAUCCUGCAGAGGUUGUGUCUCAGCACCGACCCUCGGAUACAGCACCGUGGCCUCGUCAUUGUCUACAACAUGCUCAACUCAGAUGACAGUGAGUUGGUCAAGAAGCUGAUCGAAAGUGAGAUGCUGGAAAUCCUCUCGGUGAUUGGCAAGGCAGAGGACAAUCCCAAGAGGCAGGACCCCAUCGACGUGGCACGCACAUGCCUAGUCAAAGCUAUGGAUCUUGGCCUCAUCAAACCCUUCAGCAGCCCUUCUUAAAAUGCGGCAACAAGAAAAACAACAGCAAUGGACCUUCUUCUUUUUUUCCCCCCUAUGUUGAAUACAGACACCAAAUGUUUUUUUUCCACAUCUACCAUAUUAAAGGAUUUCACAAUAAGACUCAAAAUCUCAAACCUGUAAAUCAGUGUUUACUUUUGCAGAGGUUGCUUGGGGCUAAAGUUGAAGAAUGAUUUCCCUUUUGGCGUGACCAGGAAUGAGUGUUUUAAGACUGAUCAGUUUACUUGUGUUACUUUUAUAAUGCCUAUCUAUCUAUCUAUCUAUCUAUCUAUCUAUCUAUCUAUCUAUCUAUCUAUCUAUCUAUCUAUCUAUCUAUCUAUCUAUCUGAGAUAGAUAGUUAUCUAUCUUAUAGCAUCAACUCUGGAGUUCCUGGAAAAUGAUGCACAUUUCACUUCCCCCCUUUUAUUCUGUCUGUCAUUUUUCAUCACGAAGGUAGUGUGUGUGGAACAUGAAUUGAAAGUUAAAGCAGAGGUGACAGAGGUGACUUGCCUAAAAUUUGUAUUAAAAAUAUAUGUUUAUUUUGUCUCAUGUGACACACCUUUUCUCAUUGCUGUAAUGUGUAAUUAUACAUUUUACAUAAAUAUUUGAACAGAAAAUGCAUGUUUCCUUCUCUAUAGCUUCCCCAGUGUAACAUUUAGAUUAUUGGGAAGUAGGCUGCACCCAAAUGGGACGAACCCAUUUAUACUGGAUUACAGUACCUCUUUUUUAUGAAUAUUUCUAAUUAAAUUUCAGCAUUAUUUUUUUUUUCAAUCGUUUGAAUUUCACGUGGCUUUCUUGUGCUCUCUUAUCUCACUUAUUCCACGAGGCUGCAACUUUUUGCAACAACAACUUGCAACUUCCUUCGGUUUUUUUUUCUCUGAUGUUCGUUCUUAGCCGCUACGACUAAUAUUCAAAUUUCCAAAAUACGUCAGCGAAAAUCAUGCAGCCAAGUCACGUUGCCAUGUCACUGUGAUAAGGGUUAGUUUAGGGUUAAACCCAACCCUAAUGUUUAGUCAUGUCGUUCAGUCGUUGUGAAUAAUAAAC